AGGAAAUCAUAUGGAGAGCUUGGUGCUCUGACUGAAAACGAUUCAAGGCUGAUUUUCCUAAUCUUUUCAGUGCACCUUGAUUUUUCUUACAGACAAAUAAUCUUGAGAAAUGCAAGCUAUUAGAGACCUCAAACACAACUUUAAUAUUCCACCUCCUUCUGCGAUGGCUGGACCAACAGACUCCUUUCACCAAGGGGACAUUAGGCUAACCUUGGAGGACCCUGAGCUCUGGAAGUCCUUCCAUGAGAUUGGUACAGAGAUGAUCAUCACAAAGCCUGGCAGGAGAAUGUUUCCUCAUUGUAAGAUAAAUAUUUCUGGACUUUUGCCCUAUGCAAAAUACAUCCUCCUGGUGGACAUUGUGCCUGAAGAUGGCUUCAGAUACAAGUGGAAUAAGGAUAAGUGGGAGGUAGCAGGUAAGGCUGAGCCACAGCCACCCUACAGGACAUACCUGCACCCAGACUCACCAGCACCGGGAAGCCAUUGGAUGAAGCAGUCUGUCUCCUUUCUCAAGCUCAAACUCACCAACAAUGCUCUUGACCAACAUGGACAUAUCAUCCUUCAUUCCAUGCACCGCUACCAUCCCCGUUUCCACAUUGUGCAGGCUGACGACCUCUACAGUGUUCGCUGGAGCGUGUUCCAGAAUUUUACCUUCCCGGAGACCUCCUUUACCGCUGUCACGGCCUACCAGAACACCAAGAUCACCAAGCUGAAAAUUGACAACAACCCCUUCGCCAAGGGAUUCAGAGAUGAGGGCAUGAACUCAAAAAGACGUGCCAGCAGAGGUCCGGCUGAUCCUGAGCGACUGGCUAAGAGGCUGAACUCAAUGGUCAGGGAUUCGGAUCAAGAUAGCCCACCAGAUUUGCGCCGCUCUACCUAUGAGGGACUUGCAGAAGCGAGAGUUGCCUGCAAGGAGGGAGUUAAAGAGGAGGAACCAAAUUCUCCGUGGGGGGGAGCAUCUGAUAGGGAGAACAACCACAGCCUGGAAAGAGAUUCGCCUCUGGGAUCUAACGCUCGAGAUAUGUACAGCUCCGAACAGCUGGUUCCAGGACAUGGCACAUACCAGCCUUACAGAUUUCCCGAUUACAACAAAUCCCCAUCUCCAACCUCCUCCAGUAUGAGCAGCAGUGCUGGACGUUCCAGCUUUGAAUCUCGGGUCCCUGAUAUAGCCGGUGUGCCUGAGCAGGAGAGCAAAGCCACUGAUCUGGUUGUCCCACAGUGCCCUCCCCCUGCCACAGCUGGUGUGCAGGACUAUGCUGGGGUGCUGAAUGUAGCUGUGGCACAAGCUAAGCCGGGAAUGCUGGGACAUCACACACUCUAUGCCCCCUACAGUGCUGAUCAGCCCCUGAGCCAGUGGAGCGGGACAAGCUCGGCUCAAUACCCGUCCCACCCUCACCACCAUCACCACUUAGCAGCGGACUACGGAUCCCAAGCCGUCCAUCAUGGCUACCACCACGCCAACAUGGCUGACUGGAGCCAGUACCCACUCUUCUCAUACUCAUGCUGGUGAUCAGAGAUUCAGGAUUUUUCUGGAAAUCAGAAAAGUGCACCGGAGGGUUGGACAGAAUGGUCGGACUUGAAGAAGGUCGUGUAAAGCAUUUGAGCAAACUUAAGCUUUUUGUCGAUUUUUCGUGAAGGUCGUGUUGUUUGCUUCAGUUGCUUCACUUCAAGACAAAGCUAGCGCUGACUGCAUGAUGGCCAAAAGAUGAAUGUAUCUUAGUGUCAUGCUUCCUGUUUCAGAAGUCUAAUGUUUGCUCGGAGCCCAAAAAGGACUUGCUUUCUUUUUGAAACGUUUGGUUUAUAGGUGUGUUUAUUU